AUGAGAGGUGCUUCAAAGAAGAGUUCUGGUUCAGCAAGUUCCAGCAAAUCCCGUGGCAAUGCUGCUUUCAAUGGAACAUCCAGUUCAUUUUAUGAAACUGCUUCCGUGAAGAAGAGUUUUGACGAAAGGCAGGACUUUUUGCUGGUGAACGGUAUUGGUAAUCGUGCCAUCGUUACUAUAACUUCUGGUGUUAAGUAUGAGGGUUUAGUAGCUGCUUGGAACCCUCACUCAUCUGGUAAGGGAAUUGGUGUGGUUUUAAAGUAUCCGAAGGUUCUAGAUAAAGGUUUCGAUGAGUCGGAUAUCAAUGCUCUUUCGGCAGAAUUAAGUGAAACGUUAACCAUAGAACCUAAAGAUGUUGCUGGAGUUAAACUAUUUGAUGUUAGCUUAGAUUCGGAUCCAUUGGCAGCAAAGGAGGAGGAAUCGAACCCUGUUGAAUCAGGGAAACAGGCCGCAGAAGGCGAGACCUCACAAAAGGAUGCAUUCAAGACGGACACUGCUAUUUCUGGAGCUCCAAAGGAACUGAAGGAACGUGAAUUGCAAAAAUGGAGCCCUGAUGAAUCAGAAAGCUUUCCAUUGAAUAAUACUUCUUUAGAGGACGACAAUGGUACCUGGGAUCAGUUUGCUGUUAACGAAAAGAAAUUCGGGAUAAAGCCAUCCUUUGAUGAACAUUUUUACACAACAAGAAUCAAUAAGGAGGAUCCUGAGUAUCAGAAGAAGCUAAACGAGGCUGAAAGAAUUGCAAAGGAAAUUGAAUCUCAAGGUGCUAGUGGUAAUGUUCACAUUGAUGAGGAUAGAAACAUUAAAUAUGAUGAUUCUGGACUGGAUGAGGAGGACAAAUAUUCCGGUGUCGAUCGUAGGGGAGACGAAUUACUUGCUCAAUUGAAACUAAAUGCCAAGCCAGAGGCUAAAGGUGUUAGAUACGUUCCUCCCUCUCUAAGAAGCCAGCCACAUCAUGCGGAUCCUGCUAUAUUGUCAACUACUGGAAAGUCAAAGACUUCCACUAGAAGCGAGAUCGCUGACUUGAAGAGCUUUUCUGAGAAAUUCAAAAUUCCUUAUGAUAUGCCUGAUGAAGUAAAAACUAUUUUAAAGAAGGAUGAUCAACAUGUGAAGGAGAAGGAGGAACAGCCACCUUCCAGUGCCUCCGCUGUGUCAACUACAGCUUCGACUCCAUCUCCUGCGCCAAAGACUUCAAGUACCCUGAAAUCCAAUCCAUCAUUACCUCCUAAACCAGCCUCUCAACCUCCAACCACCCCAACUUUGGCAAAUGCUUCUGGCGGCAAGGGUUCUAACAGAUCCUCCAAAGCGGGAACUCCAGCAUUGGGCAAAAUUGAAGUUAGAAGAGGAUCUCAAAACAAAUUCAACGGUAGUGGAAAGACUCCAAUUGCAUCUCCAUCUAUGGCUAGGGCAGAGACAUUUGGUAGAAGACGCCAACGUAAUUUCUUUGAUGAAGGGAAGCCAAAAUGUUUGAAGAAGGACUUGAACAAAAACUUUAAUAUGUUCUUAAAGGCAAAAGAAGCACAUGAAUCCAAGGGAAAAGAUUCUGAAGGCAAGAAUUUGGAACGUUUCUUCAUCGAAAAACCAUAUUUCACCUCUCCUACAUGGGUGAGUACUGUCGAUCAGUCAUACAAAAGCCUGUUCCCGGAUGAGAGAACUGCAAUUCAAAGAACUCAAAUGAGAUUGCAGCAACGCAGCAUCGACAUGAUGGCUCAAGGUAUGGCUACAGGCCCUGGAGGCAUGCCUAUGGGUAUGCCCGUUGGUGUACCAACAGGUGGACCUCCUUUCAUGGGUGGCCAUCCGGGUGCAACAGCAGGAUCACAUGGAGGGAUGUUUAUGCCCUUCCAACCACAACCAAUGUUCUACCCACCUAUGGGCGGACAAAUGAUGCCAAUGAUGAACAGCAGAAAUGACACAAGAAAUGGAUCGGGAGCUAACAGUCAGUCUUCAUCUCCACCGGCAACUACGGGAUUUAUGAAUGGAGUACCCAUGAACGUUCCCUACGGUUACCCCAUGAGAUAUCAGACGAUGGGAGGUCCACCACUUCAACAACAGCAACACCAGCAAAAGCAAUUCCAUCAGAACCAUACCAGAAAUUACAGACAGCAUAACGAUAGUCGUUAA